GCUGUGACACCGAGCACGCGCUGAGGCACUGGGGACCGAUGUGGCGGUGACACCUCCGAGCCGGGUGACGGGACGGAUGUGGGUGUGAUUCCCUCCGCCUUCCCCCCGGCGGGCGUGCUCGUGGAGGGGACGGUGGAGGCCGGGACGCCGCCGGCUGGUGGGAGCGCCGAGGAGAGCCAGAGGCCGCGGGGAUGUGGGCGCCGCUGCUGGACGCGCUGUGGGCGCUGCCGCUCGAGAAGCGCAUCUUCGGCGCGGUGCUGCUCUUCUCCUGGACCGUCUACCUGUGGGAGACCUUCCUGGCGCAGCGGCAGAGACGUGUCUACAGAACCACUACUCAUGUACCAAAAGAAUUAGGACAAAUCAUGGAUUCAGAAACAUUUGAAAAAUCUCGACUAUAUCAGCUGGACAAAAGUACUUUCAGCUUUUGGUCAGGAUUAUAUUCAGAAACUGAAGGCACUGUUAUUCUUCUUUUUGGAGGAAUUCCAUAUCUCUGGAAUUUUUCUGGAGUAUUUUGUAGGCGUGCUGGAUUUGGGCCAGAGUAUGAGAUCACUCAGUCCUUGGUGUUCCUGUUUUUGGCCACACUCUUCAGUGCCCUCACUGGCUUGCCUUGGAGCCUUUACAAUACAUUUGUCAUAGAAGAAAAGCAUGGUUUCAACCAACAGACCUUAGGGUUCUUCAUGAAAGAUGCUAUCAAGAAAUUUGUUGUGACUCAGUGUAUUUUAUUGCCUGUUACUUCACUUCUGCUUUAUAUCAUUAAAAUUGGAGGUGACUACUUUUUCAUCUAUGCCUGGCUGUUCACAUUAGUUGUUUCUUUGGUGCUUGUCACUAUCUAUGCUGACUACAUUGCCCCUUUGUUUGAUAAAUUCAUCCCUUUGCCUGAGGGAACCCUCAAAGAAGAAAUUGAAGUAAUGGCAAAGAAUAUUGACUUUCCUCUGACUAAAGUGUAUGUUGUGGAAGGAUCGAAGCGCUCCUCCCACAGCAAUGCAUACUUUUAUGGCUUCUUCAAGAACAAGCGGAUCGUUUUGUUUGACACGCUGCUCGAAGAGUACUCCAUGCUCAACAAAGAGCCACCGGAGGAGAGCUCCUCGGAAUCCCCCCCGCAAGAGGGGGAAAGCCCAGAAACGAAGGCCAAAGGGAGAAAUAAGAAACAAGGCUGUAAAAAUGAAGAGGUUCUUGCUGUUCUUGGCCAUGAACUGGGACACUGGAAGUUAGGCCACACUGUCAAAAAUAUCGUUAUCAGUCAGAUGAAUUCUUUCCUUUGUUUUUUCUUAUUUGCCAUAUUAAUUGGUCAAAAAGAACUCUUUGCUGCAUUUGGUUUUUAUGAUACUCAACCCACUCUGAUUGGACUAAUGAUCAUCUUCCAGUUUAUUUUUUCACCUUACAAUGAGGUACUUUCUUUUUGUCUCACAGUACUGAGCCGAAGAUUUGAGUUCCAAGCAGAUGCAUUUGCCAAGAAACUUGGGAAGGCUAAAGACUUAUACUCAGCCCUGAUCAAACUAAACAAAGACAACUUGGGAUUUCCUGUUUCUGACUGGUUAUUUUCAAUGUGGCAUUAUUCCCAUCCUCCACUGCUAGAGAGACUUCAAGCUUUGCAGGAUUCAAAACAAGACUGAGAUGCCCAGGGUCUGUGCUUGAAGACAAGUUUCUGAAAGUUUCCAUCCUGGCAGCAUGUUCUAGCUCUUAAUGUUUUUACCUUUUUUUAAGAGAAAAAUUAAGUGCAGGUGGGUUCCCCGAUUUAAAUGCAUUUAAUAGCCCAUUUUAAAAUUGAUUGGAAUAAUCCGUUUUUUUAAAAAGGAAAACACUGGAUGAGCAUUAAAAACAUAUUGUAUAUAAAGGUAUUUUUACUUUACUUUUUGAUAAUAUAAUUUACCCCCAACUUAUUUGAACAAACAUAAAAGUAUUGAUUUUUGUGCUCAUAAUUGAAUCUGCCCACUGGGUACUUCGGGCACAUCUUUGGAGGAUGUAUCUCUUCCUCUGAAACCUUUCUACAAGGCUGAGACCAUGGUCCCAAAUCAUUGUGCUCAUACCAAAUUUGAAUCUUUAAAUAGUUAAAAUUGUUCGUGUUUAAUCUGACCAACCAAUCAGUGUUUUAAAUAAUGAGGAAGGUACUUGUCAUUACAACUGGCAUUAUUGUGAUGAAAUAUGGUUAUAAAUAUGCUUUUGACUUCUGCCUCUGUAUCCAUGUUUAGGUGGGCAGUUCUAAGAAAUUUUUUCUUCAUUGUUGUUUUAUUGGAUUUUAUUCAUCAGGAUCUAUCCCACAGUAUAGAAAAUCACAAUUGACAAAAGACUUAAUGUCAUUUGUACUGAAAUGUACGUUAUGCCAUGUACAUCCUGUAUGACCACAUUAGGCAAAUCAGUAGUAUUUUUCAAGAUACCUUUACCUUUUUUGAAUUUGUUAUCCCUUUCUAUCCCUGAUUUCAGCCAGCCCUCAAUAAGGAAAAGUUAUAUAUUCCUCUUUUGGGCAGAAACAGCCAUAUUAUGCAAGCUUCCAUAGCUAUACAAGGGACAAAAUUUGAAGAGAGGAGGACACAAUGGAAUUUUUAGACACCCCUAAGACGAUAGGUUUCUUUUUGCACUUAGGUAAAGCCCUGUGAAGCCAGAGUAAAAAUUGUUCUGUUUUGAGAAACUCUCUUUUAUUUAGGCUCCACUCACCCCACCCCACCCCACCCCACCCCCUUCCCCAGGAAGUGACCAAUGUUAUGAAUCAAGCCUAGCAUCCACUCGGACCAGUUGUAGUAGUUGUCAGUGGUCAAGCUAUUUUUAUUUCAAAGCAGCCUUCCACCCUGAGGUUCCUUUUGACAUUUUAAAAGAAAUGUGUAUGUGACUGCCUUAUAAUUGUAUGCAAUGCUUGAGGAAACCCUAAGUUUUUGUGUCUGGUGUGAUCCCCUUGAUACAUCUGCUUUCUGGGUAUCUGCUCGGAAUGGGAACAGAACCAGCCUUCAGAUUUCUGUCAGUAAAAGUUGGCAUAGCUGAGGUUUGGGGUGACUUCUUCACAUGAAAAUAUGAUCCAAGUCAGUUUCUCUGUUGUAAUGCAUUAUUUAUUUCCUUAGGCAGAAUGCAAGUGAGCGGGUUUACAGUUUUAUUCCUCCAGCCUCCCUUAUCUUUCCUUCUCAGUGAGAUAUCCUUCCCUUCCUCCUGUGCCUUUAAACUCACAUUGGAAUUUAGCACAAUUCAGACAUUAAAAAUUGCCAAUGGAAAGUCGUA